GCGUGGGAGCGAUGGAUGAGGAGUAUGACGUGAUCGUUCUGGGGACGGGGCUCAAGGAGUGCAUCCUCAGUGGCCUCCUCUCCGUCGAUGGCCUCAAGGUUCUCCACAUGGACAGGAAUGACUACUACGGAGGAGAAUCUACAUCCCUGAAUCUGACUAAGAUCUGGAAGAGAUUCAAAGGCAGCGAAACCACUCCGGAUCAUCUAGGCGUCAGCAAGGAGUACAAUGUCGACAUGGUGCCCAAGUUCAUGAUGGCCAAUGGUGCAUUGGUCCGUGUCUUGAUCCGUACCAGUGUGACAAAGUAUCUGAACUUCAAGGCCGUCGAUGGCAGCUUCGUGUACAACAAUGGGAAGAUCCACAAAGUCCCCGCAACAGACGUCGAAGCCUUGAAAUCUAACCUGAUGGGCCUGUUUGAGAAGCGCCGCGCCAGGAAGUUCUUCAUCUACGUUCAGGAUUACGAAGAGGAUGACCCAAAGUCACACGAAGGCCUGGACCUGCACAAGGUCACUACGAAGCAAGUCAUCUCCAAGUAUGGACUGGAGGAUGACACGGUUGACUUCAUCGGCCAUGCAUUAGCACUUCACCGGGAUGAUAACUAUCUGGAUGAGCCUGCAAUUGACACUGUCAAGAGAAUGAAGCUUUACGCGGAAUCAUUGGCACGUUUCCAAGGUGGAUCACCUUACAUCUACCCUUUGUAUGGACUAGGAGAGCUCCCUCAGGCCUUUGCUCGUCUGAGCGCUGUGUACGGUGGCACAUACAUGCUCAACAAACCAGAAUGCAAGGUUGAGUUUGAUGAGAGUGGUAAAGCAUUUGGUGUGACUUCCGAAGGGGAGACCGCGAAAUGCAAGAAGGUUGUCUGUGACCCCUCCUACUUGCCUGACAAGGUGAAGAAGGUUGGAAGGGUGGCGCGUGCGAUAUGCAUAAUGAAGCAUCCAAUUCCUGACACCAAGGAUUCUCACUCUGUGCAAAUUAUCCUCCCAAAGAAACAGCUGAAGCGCAAGUCAGACAUGUACGUGUUCUGUUGCUCUUAUGCUCACAACGUCGCACCGAAAGGCAAGUUCAUCGCCUUCGUGUCGACAGAAGCUGAAACCGACAAGCCUGAGAUCGAGCUGAAGCCCGGGAUUGAUCUGCUUGGCCCUGUGGAGGAGACGUUCUUCGACAUCUACGACCGUUAUGAACCUGCUAAUACUCCUGAGGAAGACAACUGUUUCGUGACAAAUAGCUACGACGCGACCACCCAUUUUGAGACUACUGUGAAGGAUGUGCUCGCCUUGUACAGCCAGAUCACUGGAAAGGAGCUUGAUCUCUCUGUGGAUCUCAAUGCUGCCAGUGCUGGUGAACCUGAUGCUGCUUGAACACCUGUUACUCUUAGAUACUUGUUUAAUUUUUUUUCUUUCUUUACUCAU